AUGUCUAUUGCCCUUGCAAGUGAGUAUACUAUUCCUACCAAGGAUACCAUCAACCAAGGUGUCUUGCUUAAAGAGAAGAAUGAUCUCCAGUUGGUCGAAAUCCCGGUUCCUGAACCUCCUGCUGGUCAUGUCCAGGUACAGGUAAAGUGCACUGGCAUUUGUGGAAGCGACGUUCAUUUGUGGAAGCACGGUGAGAUUGGUAUCUUUCCUGUAUGUGCUCCUCAAUUACUCGGUCAUGAGAGUGCUGGUAUUGUCACUGCUCUCGGCGAGGGUGUUACUACGCUGCAAGUAGGUGACCGAGUUGCUGUCGAAGCUGGUAUUCCUUGCUCUUCUUGUGAUCAAUGUAUGAUGGGUAGAUACCAUCUCUGUCCAGAUGUUAUCUUCAAAUCUACUCCUCCUUAUGAUGGUCAGCUUGCUAGAUAUAUUACUCACCCUGCUCGCUGGUUGCACAAGAUUCCUGCCAACAUCUCUUAUGGUGAAGGUGCUUUACUGGAGCCCUUGUCAGUUGCUAUCGCUGCUGUUGAUCGCGUGAGAGCUCAGUUCGGUAGAUCCAUGUUGAUUGCCGGAAGUGGCCCUAUUGGGUUAUUGAUUUUGGCUGUUGCCAAGGCCACUGGUGUCCAUCCCAUUGCUAUUACUGAUGUUAACCAAAGCCGUUUGGAUUAUGCAAAGAAGAUGGGCGCUACCAUGACAUACAAGAUCAACCCGGAGAACUCGGAAUUAGAGACAGCCAAGGAACUACGUGCCCUGUUUGGUGGUGAAGGUGCUGAAUGCUCCUUGGAGUGCACAGGUAUCGAGAGCUCUUUUAGAACUGCUAUUAUGGCUACUCGUGAUGCUGGCACCUGCCUACUUGUGGGUGUAGGAAAGAAUGAUCAAACGCUUCCCGUCAACAACUUUGCUAUGCGUGAGGUUGAUAUUAGAGGUCUCUUCAGAUAUCAUCAUACAUACCCUCGUGCUAUUGCAUUGCUAUCCAGUGGCAUUUUGGAUAUCAAGCAUCUGAUUACUGAUACCUAUGACUUCGCUGAUGCUCUUGCAGCAUUUGAAAAGACACAUGAUCGUAACUCUGGCGCAUUGAAGGUUCAAAUCGUCAACUAA